AUGGUGCUCCAGCGGCAGCUCCCCGUCCAGCGCAUCAACCUCCAGUUCCUCGUGCGGCCCAUGAGACGGCCGCCGGCGAUGCUGAUGUCGUUCCUCCUGCCCCCCGUGUCCGCAGUCGAUCUCGGGGCGCAGGGGAUGGCGCCCAGUUCGUUGGACUUAUGCAAAGAGUAUCAGUUCACCUGCGAGCUGGUGCUCCUCGCCCAAAUGCUCGGCGGCACGCCGUCUUCGGUCCGCUCGGCGGCGGUGCAGGGCAACCUCCCGCCGAGCUUGACUAUGCUGCGCUUGGUUUUCGCGCUGCUGUCUCAGGUGCCGUGGACGCUCUCCGCCCGCGAGCCUUGUCACAUGCUGAGGGGUUGGAGCCUCUCGCUGUCUUGGGCAUCCAUCGAGGAGCUAGGUACGAAGCAUCGUUGCCUUAAAGUUCGGGGGCCCUUGGCUGCUACCAUAGCUUUUCUCCCGGAUCUAGACGCGGGCCGCAAGAGCCCCGUCCUCUGGGAGUUCCCCGACAGCACGUUGCUGCGCCUGACGGGCGGCGAUUUCGCGCGCGCGCGCUCCGUGGCGGAUCUGCUCAGGGUGGCGUUGCUAGACGAAGGCAGCGGGGGAACUUUAUUGGAUUGCGUGGAGGUCCGAUUUGGCCUGCGAACUGUGACCGCGGCUGGCCGCGACAUCUUGGUAAAUGGAGAAGCCCUCCGGCUCUUUGGCUUCAACAGGCACGACAUGGUUGACUCGCCCGUUGUGCCCUACGAGGCCCUGGUCCGUGACGUGGAGUUGCUGGAGGACCUGAGGGCAAAUUUCGUUCGGGGAUCGCACUACGCACAGGAUCCACGCUUCCUGGACCUCUGCGACGUAAGGGGACUCGUGGUUUGGGACGAAGUUCUCGGGUGGCAGAAUCGAGUGGACGACUUCUCGGACGCCCUCUUCAUGGGUCAAAUGCUGAGGCUGGCUUCGGAACUCGCCGCAGCCUCGGUCAAUCAUCCGUCUGUGCUCUUCCUGGGCUUUCUGAAUGAGGGCGAGUCGUUCGACGGGGGAGAGGCCACCAGCGCUGCGUACACGGCGAUUGCGACGCUCCUCCGGGACAGUUCUGGCGGCACCCGCCUUGUCAGCUUCGGGUCGAACCACCGCGAGAAGGACCGGCAGCUGGGAGUGGCGGACGUGUGCGCCUUCCACGGAUACCCGGCCUGGUACCCCACGACGACUCCCGCCGCGCCGGGGGAGCUGGAGGCCAUACCCGAGAUCUGGGACGCCUUCGGCUGGUGGGUCCAGGCCGAGUUCCCGGAGAAGCCCUUGCUGAUCACUGAAGCGGGCGCCGGGGGCCUCUUCGGGCUGCGUGGCGACCCUGGCCGGAAGUGGACGGAGGACUAUCAGGCCGAGGUGCUCCGUGCCCACGUGGUCGCGGCAGCCUGGAACCCCAGGAUCGCAGGCAUCUCCCUCUGGCAGUUUGCGGACAUCCCAGUCGACCGCUCCACCAGCGACGAAGGGCACAGGCCGCGAGGGCUGAACAACAAGGGGGUGCUCAGCCUGCACCGCGAGCCGAAGGCGGCCUUCUUCGUUGUCCGGGAGCUGUUCAGGCUGGCGCAGAAUGCCUCGGCGUCGCCGUCCCGCGCCCGGAGCGCUGGCGCGAGCGCCCCAGAGGUCGAGGAGCUUAACCAAGCAGUUGCUGAGUUGGAGAUCAAGCUUGGUGACAAAAAGUCGGCGCUCGUCCAGGCCAACACGGAGCUGCAGAACAUCCAGUCUGAGGUGCACCUGGCCAGGACCGCUGUACUCGCCGCCACCGCCCAGCCCGUGGGAUCAGAUAUACCGUCGGUGCAGGAAGCCAUGGGUCGCCUACAGACGGUGGUGGCAGGGGCUUCAGCUGCGAUACUUGCAGGCAAUUCUCCAGCGAUGCUUCAGACACUACAGGUUUUCUUGAAGAAGGCGCCGCUGGAGCUCUCAUUGUUGCAUCUCAGGAGCUUCAUGUUCGAGAGGGCCAGCGGCUACAGGCAGAAGAAUGGUGCCAACGUGCUGAGCGACAGUGCUUUUGUGGAACGCAUCGACGGCCACCUCAUUGUUGCUCCGCUUGGAUCUCAUCGAGUGGCGGUAAAUGGCACGUAUACUUUUCUGGACUACUGGCUCGCCAGCGAUGCCCUUGCGGCGGAGAUGCAGAAAGUACUGGGCACCCACAGCCGCGUCGGCCGGGAGAGACAACGGUGGGACGGCGACGUGCGUCUCAUCUGCGGAUGCGUGCCGGUGAAGAACGGGGAGGUGCUGAUGAUCUCCAGCUCCAAAUGUCCAGACGAGUGGAUUCUGCCGAAGGGCGGCUGGGAGAACGACGAAACAGCCGAAGCUUGUGCGCAGCGGGAGGCUCUCGAGGAGGCUGGCGUCGAGGGUGAGCUUGGGAGGGUUGGCGGACUUGGGCGAAGUGGAUUUCAGCAGCAAGAAGGGGGCCGCCAGCAGGAUACGCUGGUUCGUCCUGGACGUCACGCGGGUCCUGCCGGAGAGCGAGUGGUCCGAAGAGGGCGAGGCGCAGGCGGUGGGUGUCCUGCGAGGGCGCCGCGCAGGCAGUGCGGGGCCGCCCCGAGCAGAGGUUCGCCCUCGAGGGGCUGGCCGGGGCGGCCGGGGAGGGCUCGCUAG